CCUUGUUCGUCAAUCUCUCACACAAUUGCAAAUUACUUGUCUUCAUCGCACACACACCUCUUCCAUCAAUCCCAAAACGCUCACAUAAACAACAAUGGCUGGACGCAGGUUUGCUACUUUCGGUGGUAUCGGCGCUGUCGGUGCGGCCACCUACUACCUGUACAACGCGGGAGGUGACCCAAAGCUUGCGGAGAAGAAGUUUGAGCACGAUGCUGCUACCGCCGCAAGGAAAGUCCGUGGUGACUUGCCUGGCCAGGACAAGGAGGCCAAGAAGGCUGGCGAGGAGGGGUACGAGGCUGUUCGCGCGACUGCGCAAGACUACGCCAACCGCGCCAGCGCCGAGGCAAAGAAGGCCGAGGCCGACCUCAGGGCUUACACCCAACAAGCACAGAACAAGGCUCAGGAGGUCAGCCGUGAUGCGCAGAACAAGGCCCAGGAGUACAGCGCUGAGGCACAGGCAAAGUACAACAGCUUGAGUGUUGAGGCUAAGAAGAAGUGGGACGAGGCUCGUGCUCGGGGCGAAGAGUUCACUCGCGAGACCAGCAAGGACUUCAACGCUGCCGUUAACAAGUUCGACAAGGAGGUCACUAAGGAUGCUGCGCAGGCGAAGAGCUGGUUGGGCUCCUGGUUCGGCGGCAAGUAAGCGAGCAGGGACGACUUUGACAUGCAUUUGCACUUAGCACAGGAGUAUGCGGGCACAAUACCUUAACUCAUAAUGAAUAAAACCACGCUUCACAUUCA